GCAAGAUUAGUAAGCAUGUUUUUUGAACUGAGAGGAAACCCAUCUUUGUCAACUUUGCUUCGAUAUUUCUUCAGUUUUUCUCUCGCGGUCAUGCAAAGCUCCCCACAUUUUGACACAUCUAUUAGUAUUUCAUCCCGUUGUGAAAUUUGUGAUGCCGAGAAGUGAACCUUCAUUGAUGAUGGAGACAUGCAGAUGGACAGACAGUUCCUUGUUUCUUGCCCUUCCUCUUGUCGUUCACCACUCCCUGAGCAAUUCAUAGCCCAUCUGCAAAGUUCUGGGGAGGACAGUACAGUGUGUCUAUCAGCCUCUGUGUUAAGGCACAGUUGUUUUGGUCAUGAAUUUCCAUCUCAUCCUACUUCAUAUUCUCAGUCUGCUGUGGACCAGCACCUCACCAAAGCAAACUUUUCUCAAGAGUCACCUGAAGCAUCCUGUAGCUGCUGCUGUGCCCCUGCUGGAGGCCAGGCCGUUCACUGUGGUGUGGAACAUGCCCACUGCUCGAUGUGAAGAGGAGUAUGGGAUCCACCUAAACCUAGAGGCCUUUGACAUUAUCGAAAACUACCAUGAGAAGUUCAUGGGUCAGAAUAUGACCAUUUUUUAUUACAAUAGGUUGGGGUUGUACCCUUACAUCUCAAAAGAGGGAAAGAGGGUCAACGGUGGGGUCCCACAGCGGGGUAAUCUGGAAGUACACCUUGGCAAAGCCCGGGCUCAGAUCAAGAACCUACUUAGUCCAGCCUUCCAUGGACUGGCUGUGAUUGACUGGGAGAAAUGGCGUCCCCUCUGGGUGCGUAACUUUGGUGUACUGAAGAAGUACCGGCUGAUGUCUGAAGGACUUGUAAAGAAAGAACAUCCAGAGCUGUCAAGGAGGGAGGUGCUCUUGCGUGCUCGUAAAGAGUUUGAGACGGGUGCCAGGAAUUUCAUGUCACAGACCCUCAAGCUGGGGGCUGAUGUGAGACCUGCGGGACUCUGGGGCUUCUAUGGCUUGCCAGGCUGCUUCAACUACAAUAAGAGGCAGCUCAGCCACAACUAUACUGGGCACUGCCAUCCUAAGACAUCGGAGAGGAAUGACCGUCUUGACUGGCUUUGGCGCAGCUCUUUGACCCUGUUCCCCAGCAUCUACCUUCCUCUGCCUUUGGCUGGCUUACAAAACGCAGCCCUCAUGGUUCGCUACAGAGUCUUGGAAGCCUUGAGAGUGGCAUCAAAGUACAGUUCCUCUUCCAAAGUCAUGCCUGUGUUGCCCUAUGCCAGGGUGGCAUUUGUCCACACCCUCCGCUUCCUCACUAAGACAGACCUGGAGCACACCCUGGGGGAAGCCGCCGCUCUCGGGGCAGCUGGAGUGGUCCUCUGGGGGGAGCUACGCUUUGCCAAGUCCAAGCACCAGUGUGAAAUGCUGCGGGACUACGUGGCCCAGAUCUUAGGGAUCUACGUGAAGAGCCUGAAAAGCAGAGUUCAGCAAUGUAGUGUGGGGCUCUGUGGCGGGAACGGUCGCUGUGCCCGGCGGGACCCCCAUUCUGGACACUACAUGCACCAGUCCAAAUCCUGCCUGUCCUCCACAUCCCAGUGGCCACUCAGCUGUAAUUCUACUUAUGAGAACUCUCAGCUCCGCUCAGCCUUUCGAUGCGAAUGCUACCAGGGUUGGACUGGAGAAUGGUGUCAGGAAAGAAUGCCUUCAGAAACAGACCAAGUUUUUAAUGAGGUUUGAAGAUAACCAGGAAGUGUCUGCUUUUUCAGUACAAAAAUCGUUUUACCUAUUAUGAUAACCACCUGAGAAUUUUAGUUUGAAAGA